UCGACGGUGGUGUCGAAAGGAGGAAGAAUCAGUGAUGACGACGACGACCGUCAAACUGUUCAGUUUCAAUUGUCUCCAUCAAGUGCCUUUGUUAUCCACAAGGGCGACAUCACUCAGUGGUUCGUGGACGGCUCCUCCGACGCUAUAGUAAUAAGUCAUUUCCCAACAAGGGCUGAAUCCUUUCUUAUGAUUGCCUAAAUCAUGGUCAACUUUCCAUAAGAAGUGUUGUUGAAUAAUUAAUCAUCCAGGUCAAUCCAGCAAACGAAGGAAUGCUUGGAGGUGCUGGUGCUGAUGGAGCCAUACACAAAGCAGCUGGUCCAGAGCUUCGAGCCGCAUGCUACAAGCACAAGGAAGUUCGAGCUGGCAUCCGUUGCCCCGUAGGAGAAGCCAGAAUCACUCGUGGCUUUAAAUUAGCUGCAUCUCAUGUAAUUCACACAGUUGGGCCCGUGCAUUUCAUACACCCUAAUCCUGAAGCAUCUUUAAGGAAUGCAUACAGAAACACCUUACAAAUUGCAAAACAGAACAACAUUCACUAUAUUGCUUUUCCUGCUAUAUCAUGUGGGGUUCACAGGUAUCCUUAUGAUGAAGCUGCCACAGUUGCUAUAACUACUAUCAAAGAGUUUUCAAAUGAUUUCAAAGAGGUUCAUUUUGUGCUAUUCUCGGAUGACAUAUAUAAUGUUUGGCUCUCCAAGGCCAAAGACAUGCUCCAACAUCACUGAGAACUUUCUAAUCUUCUCCAAUUAUAUUAAUAUGUAAUAUCAUUGUUAGUUCAUACCAAAUAUAUUGUUCAAUUGAGAAUAAAACAACAUUAUUAGACC